AUGGAAAAACCUGAAGAAAUCAUCGUGUUAAAUUAUGAAACAUAUCGCUCUACAUUGACGGCUUAUCCCGACACGUUACUGGGAACAAUGUUCGCCGACCGAAAUAGUUCCCUUAUCAAACCUAUAGCUGGGAAUAACGAAUAUUUUAUUGACCGUGAUGGUCAUCUAUUUCGUUAUAUUUUACAAUUCUAUCGUACCGGAACUAUUCACUGGCCAACAUCCAAAGAAUCUUCUUUUUUCUUAUUCACAAAAUCAGAACUCUAUCAAGAACUUGACUUUUUUCAAAUUCCAUUCCCGCCUUCAUCGUCCGAUUCUCAACCACAAUUAUUAACUCAAACAUUACCUUCUGAAAAAAUCAUAUCCUUUCUCUAUGCACUUCGCGACGUAAUGCACGAAUCAAUAGCAAAUUUUGAAACAGAAAUAAGUUUUUCCUUCAAAGAUGGAUCCGACGAAAACAAUUAUUGGAAUGAUUAUGUCGCCAAGAAACCAUACGUAAAGAUUGUGAAACCAUUUGCUCGGGUCGCGUACUCUAUCUUGGAGAGAUUUGGCGAGGAUAUGGGAAAGUGGAUGAAAAAUUUGAUGCCAGAAAUAACGUUUAGAAUGGAGAAACAUCACAUACCAACACCACCACCUCUGCUACGAUCAUCAUCUAUACAUGACUCUAGGCCGGAUCGGCGUUAUUACAGGGUUUAUUUAGCUGUAGAUGAUUAUGAUUUUGACCUAAUUAGGAAAAAGGAUGAAUCCAACAACAAAGAUUAUUUGAAUAAAAAAGAUGAAUCCGACUAUAACUAUUAUUGGAAUGAUUAUAUCGCCAAGAAACCUUACGUAAUGAUUGUGACACCAUUUGCUUGGGUUGCAUACUCUAUCUUUGAUAGAUUUGGCUGGGAUAUGGAAAAGUGGAUGGAAAAUUUGAUGCCAGAGAUAAAGUUUAGAAUGGAGCAACAUCGUCAACUAUCACCAUAUUUAGCACUUGAUUCAGAAAUUGACUCUGGAUCAAGGUAUAUUAUUUUUCACACUACGAAUGCUACGCGUAUACGUAAAUCCAACAAUGAGAUUCAGAGUAUUACCAGUCAAAAGGUCACUGAGUUUCUAGAGGUUGAAAAUACUGAGAUCACAGGAAGCGGCAGCAACGAUUCAAACGGUAUCACAAAUCGAAAUUGCUACAACAAAAAUAUAAUAGAUCUCGGUGAACGAAUCGUGUUGAAUGUUGGUGGGAUUAAGUAUGAAACCUACCGAUCGACGUUAACAGCUUAUCCAGACACUUUAUUGGGAACAAUGUUUGCUGAACGCAAUAAAGCUCUUCUUCACCAAACAAACAAUAAUGAAUAUUUCAUUGAUAGAAAUGGUCACGCAUUUUAUUAUAUUCUUGAAUUCUAUCGAACUGGAAAAAUUCUGUGGCGUGAAAAUCCAAAUACAUUUAUGUUUCCACCUUCCAAAGUAUCUCAUUCGUCCUCUUUAUUGUCAGAUACUUCUUCCUCGUCUCCCUCCUCCUCGCCACCGAAAUCAAUACCCCUCACACCAUCAAUCACAACCCCAAUACCACGCGUGACACGUCAAGAAUUAGCCGAAGAAAUGCAUUACUUUCAACUCCCAGUUAAAAGCAUUUACACAUCCCUUCCAAAUCGCGCCGCUGCCGCAAAAGUAGAUUCCUUUAUCCACGCACUGCAAUCCGUAAUCUAUCAUCUUACUUCCGAAUUUACAGCAAAAAUACAGAUCGAUUUUCGUCGUAUCAAACAACCGCCACACGUGAAAAUCGAGAAUAAUUCAUCGGCCGAGUUAUACGAGUGCGUGAAUGCCAUUGUGAAACCAUAUGGUGCAGUCGGAUACAAGAUUUUGGAAAAAUUUGGCGCAGAGAUUGGUAGCUAUUUGAUGGGUAUGGUGCCAGAAUUGAAAUGGGAAUUGAAACACGUUGACAAUUAUAAUUGGUAUUCGUUGGUGAUGUGUGUAGAGGAUGAAUCGUUUGAUUUUGACGGAAUUCGUGAGAGUACGUGUUUGGCGGAUUGUAUAAACGUUAAAACCGCCCCUUUAUUAGAAUUUUAA